AUGAUCGGCCUUCCUAUCUUCUACUACCCGUAUGCCAAACGCCAUUAUUCAGAUGCGAACACUGACGACUGGAUCGUCUUUGGCCUCUUCUUUCUCGGCGGAGCUCUUUGUUUCGGCCUGUCGACCGGGUAUCAUAUCCUAUCAAACCAUUCUCAUGCAGUCCACGAUGUUUACCAUCGCUUGGACCUUCUUGGCAUUAGCGCCGUGACCGCAGGCUGCUUCCCGCCAGGAAUGUGGUACACCUUCCCGUGCUCGGCGAGGAGUACGAAGAUGUUCUGGAUCAGCCUUGAUCUCGUGGCACAGAUACUUGCAGCAGUCUUCGUGCUCUUCGUACGCCGUGUCCGCCAGCCGGCAUGGCGCCCUUUACGUGGCUUUCUAUUCACAUUCAUGGCUUCGUCGGCUUUCUACCCCAUUAUAUACGCAUGCUUCGUGCAUGGAUAUAACCAGAUGGACGUCGAGGCUGGAGCGACUCGAUACGCUAUCACAAUACUUGUGUAUUUGAGUGCCGUCACGAUUUACGGGACUAGAAUACCAGAAGCGUGGCGACCAGGAUGGUUCGACUUGUGGGGCCAAUCGCACCAGAUUUUCCACGUGCUCAUGGCUGUCGGCCUCACAGUGCAUUUUUUGGCAUUCGCAAAAGCCUUCGAUUAUGCGCACAGGGUGAAGCAAUGCUAG